AUGCUUGAUUUAGACAAAUUUCAGGCUGGAUUAGACGCAAUGGAAAUGGGAGAUUCAAACACAGCUAUAAAAGAAUUUCGUAAAUAUGUCACUUGUACUCGAAUUCAAGGGAAAAAGUGGCAAAAGGGUCAACGAGAAACGUUGAUUGCUAGCUUGAGGAAUAUUGCUAUCCUUUUAAUGAAUCAGAAAAAUUAUGUGGAUGCAAUUUUGGAGCUUAAUGCUGCAAUUAAUUUAGAGAAACUGAGUCCAUCUAAAGUUGACUCGAAAUUGUUACGAGCAGAAUGUCUUAUUGAGUUGCAAGAUUUUGGAAAAGCAAAACUAGACCUUGCUGAAGCUGUUGAGAUUGUUACUAUUGGAAACGUAGCUUGUGACACCAACAAGAUGUAUUAUUUGAUGGGAUUAUGUUUAUUUAAGGAAGGUAAUUCAUUGCAUAAGGCAAUUUCAAGCUUGAAUUUGGCACUCCAGUCCCAUAGUCAUGCAUUUGAUCUCCAUAUUUAUAAAUUAUUAGGAGAAAUUCAUAUCAAGUUGAAGGAUUAUGAACAAGCACAAACAUGCUUCACAAAAGCCAUUCAAAUUGUUGAGAAGAAUUGUACAGAACAUGUAUUGUUAUUAGGUUGCGAAUUUUUGACAGAUUUAUACUUGGGUCGAUCUCAUGCUCGGAAAGAAAUGCAAGAAUUCGAGAAGGCCCUUGAAGAUUGUGAAGUUCUGACAAAACUGAUAUCAGAAGGGUCAAAUUCAAAACCACUGGACAUGGACGCGAAUACAUUAACUCUUAUUCAGAAGCAAAAAGAAGAAAUACUAAGCCAGAUGGACGAAGAUUCCACACCAACACUCAAAAGUGGUGGAGCCUAUAGUAAAUCCAACACCAAUGCUACCAGUAGUAAUGGUAAUUCUGGUAGUAAUGCGAACAGCAAUACAACAACUUCGGAUCCAUCUCCGAUGAUCCCAGUCGUGGAACAAACCAAAUCCAUCACAACCACAACUACUGAAACAAGUUCAUCAUCAUCAACCACAACAACCAUGUCCUCGACUACUACUUCAACAAGUACCUCCCAAACUACAACGACCAUCAAAGAGACUGGACUUGAAAACAAGAUUCGAGUUCUCAGUCUCUCACCCCACACCAUACCCCAAUAUCAAGACACCGAUUUGAAAGAACUUCAAACCCUGAAAGAGAGUGUUCAAUACAAACCAACCGUUUUGCACUUAUUGUCCUUGUAUCAGAGCGAGAUCAAGAAGGAGGUUGAGUUUAAACAAAAGAACAAGAAUUCUUCUUCAUCAUCAACUGCCAUCGUUCAUGUUCAGGUUGAUCCUGUACCUUCCGAUAGAAAAUACAUCUAUUUGACCAGUUCAGGUUCUCCAGCUGUACCUUCGACUUGUUCUUGCAUUGUUGAUUAUGGUCAUUACUUGGCUUUGAAGUCUGGAAAAUCCAUCAUGAAUGAAUUUGAAUUGCAAACUCCACCUGAAGCAAUAGCAAAAGAAUUAAAACAAGUCAGCAAGAUUUCAGCCUCUUCCUCAAUCGAGGCCAAAAAGAACGAUUUACUUGAACUUGAAAAGAAGUAUACUCAAAUCAUGCAAGAAAAGCAAAAAUUGUUGGCCGAUCGAGCUGCUGUAUUGACACCUGAAGAAUUGGCAUCUAUUGAAGAGGAAGAAGGAAUUAGAAGACCUACUCCAAAAUCUCGAGAUGUCACGGUCGAUGAUGAUGAAUGGGAAUUGGAACAUAAAAGAAAAAUCAUUGAGCAAGAGAGAAAACUGGUAGAGAAGAGAUUAUUGGAAGAAAAGAAGCACAGAAAUGUUCGCUUUUACUGCAGGGGAGAGCUCAAUUAUUUGCAACAAUGGAAUACUGUCUUUUCAAGUGGUGACAAUAAGAAGCCAUCUAAUUUGGAAGAAUUAAGAAAGUACUCGCUUCGUCCAACCAAUGUUUUUGAUUUGGAGGGAGAACAAAUUCACUACCGAUUUUGUGAGUCACAAUUUCACCGUAUGGGUGCUUCUCCAGCCUAUGCUUCUUCAUAUCCUACUGCAUAUAUUUCUGAAGUUGAAUAUGUGGUUAAUCCUAAUAUUAUGAAUCGAUUUAAUAAUUGUAAGAAAGAAUUAGCCAAGAAGCAUGGAUUUUUAUUGGAAAGUAUGAAACCCUUAUUAUUAUUCCAUGGUACUUCUGAAACCAAUAUGGAAAAUAUUUUAAGAACUAACUUUUUAAUUGAAAAGAUUGGAUCGACCACUGAUAUGGGUUGGUAUGGCAAAGGUUUUUACUUUUCAGAAUAUCCUGGUCUUUCCAUGGCUUAUUCUCGCAACCAGUAUUUAUUGAUUUGUAUGGUUCUCAUUGGAAAAGCCUUCCACAUGAAUCAAGUUGAAACUGGACGUCCUUUGGAGUCUGGAUAUGAUUCUCAUGUGAGUCCUGAUGGUUGCAGUGAAGUCAUUAUUUUCAAUCCAGAUCAAGUAAUACCUUUAUACAAGAUCAAGUGGGAGCACGCAGGUACGCUCACAUAUAAAUAA